GGUUGACAUAAAAAGUAAAAACACUGAAAACACAUGUAGAAAAGAAAAAGUGUGAUAUUUUAUUGUAGGCAGCCUCAGAUCUAGGAAUCUAGAUCUAAUUUUAUUUGUCAAAAAUGACUAGUUCACUAUUUGAUGAACUUUUUAAACUAAAAAAUACAGCACCUGAAACUGACGUAGACCCCGAAGAUCCUCUGGAUGGUUUUGGAGCAAAACUUGUAGAAGGGUUUACUGAAGCAGAAGCACUUGGAACUACAGCUCUCAGAAAGCAGGCUGCUAUCAUUGAAGAUGAUCCUCGAUACCAGGGCAAGAAGACAUCCAGAAAAGAUUUGUUUUCUGAUGAUGAGGAUGAAGGCCAUGGCAGUGUCACAAGUGAUAAAGAUUCUAAAGCCUCUGACAGUGAUAGCAAUGAGGAAGAAAAUGAUGAAAGCAAUGCCAGUGGUGAGGAGGAGGAGGAUGAAGAAAGCAACAUGGAGGAUGAUGAUGAUGGAGUAGAUGUGGCAUCAGAUGAGGAUGAAGAGGAAACAAAAGAACAAGCAGAUGCAUCUAUUAUGCCUAAAAGUAGCUCUGACGACAGAGAGAAAGGAAAAGUUGUUGCCUUUCAACUAGGUGUGUGGGAUGACAUCAUAAAGUGCAGGAUAGCGCUGCAGAAAUUAACAUCUGCCUGUAACAGGCUGCCCCUGCCUGACAAAUGGCCAAUGUUUAUGAUGGAUGGCAAGUUCAGAUUAGAAGCAAAUAAUGUACACAGCUCUGUCAGGAAACUGAAUUCUACGUUAUUAGAUCUACAGUCACUUCUAACAGAAAAGAAAAAUUCCAAACAGGAGUCAGCAGGUGGUUCAGAUGAGGAGAUCACCAGUGAAUCAGAACCUGAAGAUGAUGCUAAAUCAAAUGGCACAAAAAGUUCUAUGAAUGGUGUAGAGAAUGGCGAAGAUAAUGAUGCAGAGCUUUCAGAGGAGGAAGAUGAAGAGAAAGAUAUGGAUGUAUCAGAGAACAGUCAAAAACAUUCAGGUCGGCUUAAACGAAAAUUAAAUCUUGAGGAGAUUGAGGAGACGUUGGCCAAGAGACACAAGGAAUAUCAGACAUACAGAAAUGACACUUUGUCUAAAUGGGAUGAGAAGACCAGACUAGCACAAGGAAAAAUUCGGUCAAAAAACUUUGCAGCUUUUGAGAUGUCUGUGCUGAAACAGAUUGAGCAGGUUUUAGUAAACAGAGAAAGGCUGGUCAAAAGGUUACACCAACAGCGGACACCUUACAGAAUACUGGGGCAGUCAGAGGGUGGUGAGGAAAAAAAAGAUGAGGAGGUCACUGUAGAUGAUGAUGAUGAUGACCAAGAUGUAGAGCUGAAGCUAAAACAGAAGACAAAACAGGAGCUGCCACUAAACCAGGAGAUUAUAGAUGACAAUGAUUUCUACCAUGUGUGCCUCAGGGACUUGAUUGAGAUGAAACAGAAUGAGGAGACAGAUCCAGUCAAUGCCAGCAAACAGUGGUUAGAAAUUCAACGUCUUAGGAAUAAACAGAAGAGGAAAGUUGACACGCGGGCCAGUAAAGGUAGAAAAAUAAGAUACAAUGUGAAAGAAAAGUUGAAGAACUAUAUGACACCAUUCGACAAGUCUCUUUGGUCUGAUGAACAGAAAGAUGAUUUGUUUAAAGCAUUAUUUGGUGGCAGUAAAUUUCAAGUGACAGAGCAAGCCACUAUAAACUUGGGGAUAUGAGAGAAAUUUUUUUUAAUUUAAAUAAAGUUUUGAAUUGUU